AUGCUGCAUUCUCCUUCAUCAGCUCUGGUCUGCCCGUUGGAGGUCAUGUUCAUCGUAGACAGCUCAGAGACAGCCACAUUUCGGGUGUUUGAGCAGCAGAAGAAUUUCGUGUUGCGUUUCAGCACCAAGCUGACACAGCUGCAUUCACCUGGUUGGCGUUUGCGCCUGCGGCUGGCAGCCCUGCAGUACAGCAGCACCGUGUCCGUGGAGCACAACUUCAGGGACUGGCAGGACCUGGACGUCUUCCACAGCCGCGUGGCCUCCAUGACCUUCAUCGGCCACGGCACCUACACGGCCUACGCCAUUAGCAAAGCCACGCAGGUGUUCAGCGAGACGUCCUCCAGCAGCCUGAGGGUGGCGCUGCUGAUGACUGAUGGCACGGACCACCCACGCAGCCCCAGUGCGGUGACGGCUGCUGCUGAGGCCAAACAGCACAACAUCCGAGUGUUCACUAUCGCACUGUCAGAUCUGCCCAGAGACGGAUCCACGGGUGCAAAACUUCGGUCUAUAGCCAGCGCUCCCCCACUGCAGCACGUGUUCAGCCUCACAGAUGGCCAGCUGGAUGACAAACUCUUCAACGAACUGAACACAAUUGUAAAAACUGGGUGCCCACAGCCAAAGACAUGUUUUUGUGAGAGAGGGGAGAGAGGUUAUCCUGGAGCACCGGGGAAACCAGGCGAGCCGGGUUCCAUUGGAGCUCCAGGUCCUAAAGGGUCCCGUGGGGAAGCUGGAAUCAAUGGAAGACCAGGAAUUGAGGGCCUUGAGGGUCGACCCGGCAGCAAAGGUGAAAAGGGAGAACAAGGUGAAUGUGGAGCCCCCGGUAAAAAGGGAGAAAAGGGUACAGUCGGAUCUCCUGGAUCCAGAGGGCCCAGAGGAGAGCAGGGGGUCAAAGGUGGACAUGGAGAUCCAGGUCCUGAGGGGCCAUCAGGAUCUAAAGGGGACCGAGGACUCCGCGGUGCACCAGGACCUCCUGGAGACAACGGGGUUGGCUUCCAAGGUCCCAAGGGAGACAAGGGGAAUCAAGGUAGACCAGGCCCUCCUGGACCAAUAGGGAGGGGUGAACCAGGAACUCCAGGCCCAGCAGGGCCGCAAGGGAUGCAGGGGUCUCCGGGUCUUCAAGGUGAAGGUCUUCCGGGGCCAAAGGGUGACAGAGGUUAUGAGGGUCCUAAAGGAAACCGUGGACCUCCAGGGGCCGGGUACAAAGGUGAAAAGGGAAACACUGGGGCCUCAGGGCUACCUGGCCCAGUAGGGUUUCCAGGAACAGGACUCCAAGGAGAAAAGGGGGACCAAGGGCCAGUUGGGCCAUCUGGUCCCAGAGGACCUCCUGGACUGGGAAUAGUUGGACCAAAGGGGGACCAGGGUUUCCCUGGAGAGCCUGGACCACAGGGACACAGGGGGGUUGGUGAGCCAGGACCAAAGGGGGAGCCGGGGCCUGAUGGGCCUUCUGGGAUACCAGGGAUCCCUGGUGAAGAUGGAGCUGUGGGGCCGAAGGGAGAGAUGGGACUGCCGGGUCCACGAGGCCCUGAGGGAGCUCCGGGUAAAGGUGUCCCAGGAGAAAAGGGAGACCGAGGUGACCGUGGGCCGCGGGGGCUGUCAGGGUCUCCUGGCCCCAUUGGACCUCCUGGAGCUAAGGGGGAACCUGGCAGUGUAGGCAUGAUGGGCCUACCUGGACCUGCUGGGCGUGGCUUACCAGGACCAAAGGGAGAUUCUGGGCCUCCUGGACCAGCUGGACCCGUUGGAGAGCCUGGUGAAGGAAUCAUGGGGCAAAAGGGUAACAAAGGAAAUCUUGGACCUGUUGGACCACCAGGAGCUAAAGGAGAGAGCUUGCCUGGGCCACAGGGGCCACCAGGCUUACCAGGAGCACCAGGAGAGAUUGGGCCUGAGGGGAAGGGGUUACCUGGACAGAAGGGUGACAGAGGCUUACCUGGAGUUCCAGGUCCAUCGGGUCCUCCUGGAAUUGGACUUUAUGGACCAAAGGGUGGAAUAGGGCAGCCUGGUCCACCAGGACUCGCAGGGGUUCCAGGAGAGGGCAUCCAAGGACCAAAGGGAGAGCCAGGGUUUCAAGGACCGACUGGCCCUAGAGGAGCACCAGGUGAUGGCAUUCCAGGGGAGAAGGGAGACAGAGGCAUUCCUGGAGACCGAGGAAAGAAAGGAGAUAAAGGGGACCAUGGAGAACCUGGAUCUACAGGACAGAUGGGACUUCCUGGAGAAAAAGGAGAGCCCGGACUUACAAGAGAUGAAGUGAUCAGGAUCAUUAGAGAAAUAUGUGGCUGCGGUCUGCGCUGCAGGGAGAGCCCUCUAGAACUGGUGUUUGUCAUCGACAGCUCAGAGAGUGUCGGACCAGAAAACUUUGAGCUGGUGAAGGACUUUGUAAACGCUCUCAUCGACCGGAUGACUGUGAGCAGAGAAGCAAGCCGUAUUGGCGUGGUUCUCUACAGCCAUGUGGACAGGGUGGUGGUCAGUCUGCAGCAGCAGCUCAGCCAGGAGGAGGUGAAGACCGCUGUCAGGAUGAUGCCCUACCUUGGCGAGGGCACCUUCACAGGUAGCGCAAUCCAUCGAGCCCACCAGCUGUUCUACGCCUCGCGGCCCGGUGUGAGGAAAGUGGCUGUAGUUUUAACAGAUGGGCAAGCAGACACCCGUGAUGUCAUGCAGUUUGAAGAAACAGCGACACAGGCCCACGCUGACCGGAUCGAGAUAUUUGUUAUUGGAGUGGCGAACAGGACAGACCGUCUUUAUGAAGAGUUCAAAGCUGAGAUGAAUGUUAUUGCCUCUGAUCCUGAUGAAGAGCAUGUCUACCUCAUCGAUGACUUCAGGACACUUCACACUCUGGAGGGCAAAAUACUGAGUCGAAUCUGUGAGCAGGAAGACGCGAUGUCAUUGCUUCCAAGCCCUAUCUUAACACCUACAGAGAGCCGACCAGACGCUCCAGAUGGCUACAGACCAUUUCCAUAUGAGGAAAAUAUACAAAUUGAACUCCCUCUGGAGACGGUCCCGACUCCAACACGAAGGACCCACAAGCCCGUGCGAGUUGACGAGAACCUGAUCAACUCUAACGUGUUGGUGGAUCCCUGGAAUGAGCUGCCGGACAAGACGUUUGUCUCUCCUGGUGGACGGGGGCGGCAGAGCCCAGGGUUGAGUUCAGUGAUGGGACCUCAGACUCCAAAUGAGCGGCUGUAUGAGGUAGAGAGCACAAAGGCUCCAGUCAGCCCUCCUCCUCCUCUGACGGACUCUGUGAGGCCAGAUGUGGGGUGCACUCAGCCUCUGGAUCCCGGGCUCUGCCGACAGUACGAGGCCAGGUGGUACUACGACCCUGAGGCCAACGCCUGUGCUCAGUUCUGGUUUGGAGGCUGUGAUGGAAACCGAAAUAAUUUUGAGACUGAAGCAGACUGCAGGAACACCUGUGUCUACACGUAACAGAGCACAUGUGUGGAGGAAAGUGUGCAUCGCAGCGUCACAGAGGAACAGAGAGGACUGAUGACAAAGGCUCCGCUGUCGGACAUGCGAGUUGGAUGGUUAUGGUCACAUACUGUGACGGCUGAAGGGACCUCAUCGCUGUCUGACUGGCUGCAUUCAUGCUGCACAUUUACUAACUGUUUCUGCUCUGUAUGUACACCUGCAUUAAACAUCAACACAAGCUGCCCAGAGCAUCCAAAGGACCAAAUAUAAAAUAUCAUCCAAAAUGCAAAUUUUUUCACUUUCAUUACAUUUUUUUGUUGUCCAGUUUGUCCUAAGCUUAUGCCCAGUCCUAACUUUUACCCCUUGCCCUCGUUACCCACUGCCCCCUUGAAACAGAGUUACAAGAGUUUGUAUGGGACAACCUUACAAGUUCCUGAUAUGUCGUCAGUAGUCGUAGACAGCAUUUUCAUAAACAACACUGGACUUUUCACUACCAGGGUUUUUUUAAAUGCUUCUUUGAAAUCAA